CUGACAGCUGUGCUAGGAAAGAUUCUGGAUCCCAGGCUCAUCUCCACACAGGAGAACACACAGGCAGCACAGGCCAUGGGGCCCCUCUCAGCCCCUCGUUGCACACUGCAUAUCACCUGGAAGGAGCUCCUGCUCACAGUGGAGACUCCCAAGCCCUACAUCUCCAGCAGCAACUUAAACCCCAGAGAGGCCGUGGAGAUUGUGAUCUUAUCCUGUGAUCCUGACACUCAGGAUGUAAGCUACCUGUGGUGGAUAAACGGUCAGAGCCUCCCUCUCAGUCGCAAGUUGCAGCUGUCUGGAAACAACAGGACCCUCGUUCUAUUUGGUGUCACAAAGGAUACUGCAGGACCCUAUGAAUGUGAAAUGAAGAACCCAGUGAGUUCCAGCCGCAGUGACCCAGUCACCCUGAAUCUCCUCUCGGAGUUGCCCAAGCCCUACAUCACCAGCAACAAUUUCAACCCCAUGGAGAACAAGAAUGAUGUAUCCUUAACUUAUGUACCUAAGACUCAGGGCUACACCUACGUGUGGUGGGUAAAUGGUCAGAGCCUCCCGGUCAGUCCCAGGCUAAAGCAACCCGGUAAAAACAGGAUCCUCAUUCUAGCCAAUGUCACAAGAAGAACAGGACCCUAUGAAUGUGAAAUACGGGACCGAGUUGGUAGCAUCUGCAGUGACCCAGUCAUCCUGGAUGUCCUUUUUAUCUUUGGUUCCUCUAGACCAGGUGCAUCCCCUUCCCUCUACUUGUCCUGCUUCGCGAACUCUAACCCACCGGCAGAGUAUUCUUGGACGAUUAAUGGGAAGUUUGUGCAAUCAGGACAAGAGCUCUUUAUCCCCCAAAUUAGUACAAAGCAUAACGGGAUCUAUGGUUGCUCUGCUCGUAACUCAGCCACUGGCAGGGAAUGUUCCACAUUCAAGAUGGUCAUAGUCUCUGCUCCUUUAGGAAGAGGAUAUCUAACUUGGGUUAUUCCGAAACAACAACCAUGAUGUCAUUUCUGUAUUUCAGGAAGACUGG